AGCAUGAGUCCCCAUCUUACUACCAAGCACUGAAUCUUUGUUUCCUUACAGAAUAGUUAACCACAUUUGUUUUUUUGUUUUCAGAGAUGAAAAACUGGACAGAAGUCUCUGAAUUCACUCUUCUGGGUCUAACAAAGGACCACAGCUUACAACAGAUUCUCUUCACACUCUUCCUGCUGUUCUAUAUAGUCUGUUUAUUAGGAAAUGGAGCCAUCCUGGGAGUCAUCCUGGCUAAGCCUCCGCUCCACAACCCCAUUAUUUUUUUUCUGGGAAACCUUUCUUGCUUGGAUAUGUUCUACUCUACAGUGACUGUGCCCAAAAUGCUAAGUGGCUUCCUUAGAAAGCAUCAGUCUAUCUCCUUGAUUGGCUGCCUCACUCAGCUGCACUUCUUCCACUUCCUGGGCAGUAGUGAGACUGUGCUGCUGGGUGUCAUGGCAUAUGAUAGAUAUGUAGCUAUCUGUCAUCCUCUGCGUUAUACUCUCAUCAUGAAUAAAUGGGCUUGUAUUACACCGUCUGGGGCCGCAAGGGCUGCUGGCUUUUUUCAUGCCUUGAUGCAUAGAGUGGUGACCUCUCAGCUGUGGUUUUGUGGCUCUAAUCGCAUUGCACACUUUUUCUGUGACAUCAAACCCCUCCUCAAAUUAGUUUGCAGUAGCACAACUCUCAACUUCUGUCUUCUUAAAUUUGUCACUGGUCCUUUUGCUGUGAGUCCCUUCUUUGUCACACUUCUCUCCUAUUUUUACAUUAUCUCCUUCCUCUUCUUCAAGGUCCAAUCAUGGCAGAACCGUUGGAAAGUGUUUUCCACCUGUGCAUCCCAUCUGAGUGUGGUAGCAAUCUUCUAUAUUCCAGUACUUUCCAACUAUAUGAUUGCCUCUGCUAGUGAUUCUUCUGAGAAUGAUAUGAUUAUGUCUGUGUUAUACAGCAUAAUUACACCAGUUUUAAAUCCCAUGAUUUACACACUGAGAAAACAAGAAGUCAAAACAUCUAUAAGAAAGAUUCUAAAAAAAAAAAUCUCUCUCAUGUAUAACCAUCAUGUAUAUCUUUGGAAUUGA